UCGAUCAGCGACCAACCACCUCUUCCGCUGAACUCGCUGGCAGAGGGUGUUACAGGUGUUCGUGAACAGCAACUCUCUGGCAAACUGUUGUCCCUGAAUAUAUAGACGACACACGGGUCGACGACUGUGAGAUGCAGCCUUGAUAACAGUGAAAGUGACGAUCGAAAUCUUAAUCGAAGUUGAAGCACGACUACGAAACGUUGGAACGUCGGGAAAACACGAUGUCGAAACAGAGGCGUUGUUGAGUGAAGAAAGACGUGGCAGUUUGAAAUUACUAAUUAGUUGAUGGCGGUAAAUUGUGAACGAUGAGAGUCGCAGAUGGUGGUGGAUUGAACUUAUAAGAAACAAGAGAGAAAUGGCGCCAAAUAUAACGAAUAGCCCGACAGGCGUACUUUUCGAAGGAGAGACUUUGGAGGAGAUCCCAGGUCUGAGCGAGCCUAAGAAGAAGAUCAAGAAACAAAUUGUCUGGCAGAAUGUGAUUAUUUUCUUGUAUCUUCAUCUAGGCGCAGUUUAUGGAUUGUAUCUUGUCUUAACAUCGGCAAAAAUCGUUACGACACUCUUCGCACUAUUUUUGUACCUAGUCUCUGGUUUGGGAGUUACAGCUGGUGCUCACAGAUUAUGGUCACACAGAUCAUACAAAGCGAAAUGGCCACUCCAGGUAUUACUGACAAUAUUCAACACCAUAGCGUUCCAAGAUGCGGCUAUCGAUUGGGCCAGAGAUCACAGACUUCACCACAAAUAUAGCGAGACGGACGCGGAUCCCCAUAAUGCAAAGAAUGGAUUUUUCUUCGCGCACGUGGGCUGGUUGUUGUGCAGGAAACACCCAGACAUCGCUAAGAAAGGAAAAGGACUCGAUCUCAGUGACCUGAGAAACAAUCCUAUAUUGAUGUUCCAGAAAAAAUAUUACAUGUACCUGAUGCCUCUAUUUUGUUUUAUUCUACCGACUGUCAUUCCUGUCUACUAUUGGAACGAGACUUGGGUGAACGCUUACUUCGUUCCCACUAUUUUGCGUUACGUCUUUACGCUGAAUAUGACUUGGUUGGUCAACUCUGCGGCUCACUUGUUUGGAAACAAACCAUACGAUAGAUAUAUCAAUCCUGCAGAAAAUAAAAUGGUGGCUCUGACGGCGUUCGGUGAAGGUUGGCACAACUAUCAUCACGUGUUCCCAUGGGACUACAAAACGGCAGAGUUGGGCAACUACAGAUUCAAUAUUACAACGGCUUUCAUUGACCUCUGUGCAAAACUCGGUCUCGCGUACGAUCUGAAGAUAGUACCCAAGGAUGUAGUACACAAACGAGUGCAGAGAACUGGUGACGGAAGCCAUAACAGCGUAAACCUGUGGGGUUGGGGUGAUAAAGAUCAGACGAAACAAGAUUUAGAUGUAACAAUGGUGUUGAAGAAAGAAUAAGAAUAUUAAAGGGCACAGUUAUUGCGUAAGACUGAUCGUUCCCUUUCUCUAAGAGAAGCUGACGAACGAGAAGUUUAAUUUAUUAUACAGUUCGUUAUAAAAGGGGUAAUACAGAAGUUGUUCAUAAUCAAUCGAAACAUUUUGGGAUAUGAUACUUUUGGUUAUUCGAUUGUCAGUAUCCAACUUUUAUUGAAGUCAGUUCACAAUGAAGGAACAGUUUUUUUUUGCAAGGUUUGCCGCAAAAAGAUUUGUUCUCGCGGAACGAAGAAUUCGCGUUGACAUGCAAUGGAUAUUUUAUUUUAGUCUUAUGUUAUUUUCAAGCUUAGCUUAGAAUGGUAAUUAACAUAUUUUGAAUGUUGAUUUCUACAAAAUAGGAAUUUUCAAUUGACGUUGAUGUAAACUAUCGUGCGGAUUAUAAUAAGACCGAUAUUAUACAAAAGAUUAUGGAUUUAGUGGUCCUGGGUAAAAAUUGUUAUUUCAGUUAAACACUUUAAUAAUAUUCUAAAUCCGAACGAAUAGAUUUACGUGAUAUCUUCGGAAAUUUCAAGCUCCAAAGAAUAUUAAUGCGUACUAACUGAGUAAACUAUUCGAUAGAAUCUAUAGAUUUUCAAUUAAUUUCUUAAUUUCGAAUUGUUUCUAUUACUCUUUCUAUGAAUCAGUGAGUUAGUUCUGUUUUUGAAAAAAUUCUUUUUUUUUUUAUUUUUUAUUUUUUAUUUCCAAUAGAUCGAAUAAUCAACAUAUCGAUAUUGUGAAGCAUGAGAAAGAUCUGAUUAAGAAUCUAACGUAAGUUACAUGCAUAUUGUGUAGUGAUCAUGCAAUUUUAUAAAACCAUCUUGAAACUUGUGAAACUUGUGAGGACUUUACGAGGAAAAUUUUUUGGUUACAUUUGUUCUUGAUUAUUUUAAUCAUUUCUAGCAUUCUAUAAUUGGUUUUUUUUUUUACGCAUAUUUCUUCUUCUGCGUUUUCCUUCUGUAAUUCUUCCUUAACGCUUUCAAAUAUUAUAUUUACCUUAUUAUUAUAAAACACACUCGUUUCCAUUUUCUCUUUCCUUUCUUCCUUUCUAUUUUCGUUCGAGCAUGUAGUCACAAUAUAACAAGCUUUCGAAAUUAAAAAACUAUGAAUUAUUGGAAUGCUUUGUUUUCAUUUCCUCUGAUUUUACAUUCGUUUUGAAUCGAAUCUAUCUUUAGAAAGCAAAAGAGCAUGAAACAUGUAACUUCAGUUGAUCUUUCUGUAAAUCUUUUUUCUUCUUCCAUGUAUUUUGCGAUUUUUCUUUAUGCGUAUUGUAGAAAGAGUAGUAUUUUUCUCGUUUUUUUGGAAAUUGGUAUUAUACUUUGUGAUAUGUAGUAUUGUAAUGCAUUGUUUUAAUCGAGUUAAAUAUAAAGAAUGGGAAAGAGAGAAAGAGAAAGAGGGGGAGAGUGAGAGAGAGAGAGAGGGGGGGGGGAGGAAUCACAGUAACAAAUGUGUAAGAAAUUUAACAAAUGAACCUCGAAGUUAGGAAGUGUUAUUUCACGUUUUGUAAGGUUAAAGACUAAGAAGACUUUGUGAGGAAGACUUGUAAGAAACAUUUAAAGAGAAGCAUUCAAAUUGCUGAUUUAUUUUCUGUCAAGAAAGUGCACGAAGAAUACAAAAUAAUAUCUGUAACUCGAUGAUAUUCAUUGUUGUAGCAAAAAAUAUAACAGGUAUAUUAUAUAAUUUAAUUGUAAAAAGAAGUCGGUCGAUAUAAGGAUUUGCGUGACUUUUCGUUAAAACGAGCAUGUCGUGUGUAGCUAUUUACACGUAUAUAUUUGUACGAUUAUUUCCAAACAAACUGCAAAAAGAUAUUGUAAAAAAAAAAAAAAAAAUUCUACGCUUAA